CCUCCCGCGGCUUCCGGAGGAGCUCCCGCGCGCAGAGGCGGCCAAGUCAUGGACCGCAAUCCGUCGCCACCGCCGCCGAAUCGGGACGGGGACGAGGAGGAGGCGGCCGGGGGGGACUGCAUAGGCAGCACGGUCUACAGCAAGCACUGGCUCUUCGGCGUCCUCAGCGGGCUCAUCCAGAUGGUUAGCCCUGAAAAUGCCAAAUCCAGCUCAGAUGAUGAGGAGCAGCAGAUGGAGCUUGAUGAAGAAAUGGAGAAUGAAAUUUGCAGAGUAUGGGAUAUGUCCAUGGAUGAGGAUGUGGCUUUGUUUCUCCAAGAAUUUAAUGCUCCUGACAUAUUUAUGGGAGUAUUGGCCAAAUCCAAAUGUCCUCGAUUAAGAGAAAUCUGUGUGGGAAUAUUAGGUAAUAUGGCCUGUUUCCAGGAGAUAUGUGUGUCCAUCAGCAGUGAUAAAAAUCUUGGCCAGGUAUUGCUGCACUGUUUGUAUGACUCAGACCCUCCUACUCUGCUGGAAACAAGCAGGUUGUUGCUUACUUGCCUUUCCCAGACAGAAGUGGCCAGUGUCUGGGUUGAAAGAAUUCGAGAAAAUCCAGCUAUUUAUGAUAGUAUUUGCUUCAUCAUGUCAAGUUCAACAAAUGUUGACUUGCUGGUAAAGGUUGGGGAGGUUGUGGACAAGCUGUUUGAUUUGGAUGAGAAACUGAUGUUGGAAUGGAUUAGAAGUGGACCUGUUCAGGCUCUGGACCAACCCCAGGAAGAUUCUGAACAGCAGCCAGUGUUUCGACUUGUGCCCUGUGUACUUGAAGCUGCCAAACAAGUGCGCUCUGAAAAUCCAGAAGGACUCGAUGUUUACAUGCAUAUCUUACAGCUGCUCACCACGGUAGACGAUGGAAUUCAAGCAAUUGUGCAGUGUCCAGAUACUGGAAAAGACACUUGGAAUUUACUUUUUGACCUGGUGUGCUGUGAGUUCUGCCAGGCUGAUGACCCGCCCAUCAUACUUCAGGAGCAGAAAACAGUGCUGGCCUCUGUUUUCUCAGUAUUGUCUGCCAUCUAUGCUUCACAGGCUGAACAGGAGUAUCUAAAGAUAGGAAAAGUGGAUCUUCCUCUAAUUGAUAGCCUGAUUCGUGUCUUACAAAAUAUGGAACAUUGUCAGAAGAAACCAGAGAACUCAACGGAGUCUAACACAGAAGAAACUAAAAAGUCUGAUUUAAACCAAGAUGAUUUCCACUUGAAAAUCUUGAAGGAUAUUUCAUGUGAAUUUCUUUCUAAUAUUUUCCAAGUGUUAACAAAGGAGACUGUAACUCAGGGACUAAAGGAGGGCCAGUUAAGCGAACAGAAGUGUUCCUGUGCAUUUGAAAAUCUUCUUCCUUUCUAUAGCCCUGUGGUGGAAGACUUUCUCAAAAUUCUCCGUGAAGUUGAUAAGAAUCUUGCUGGUAACCUGGAAGAAGGCUUCCCAAGUUUGAAGAUUCAGACUUAAAAACUAUUAAAAUCCCUCUGCCCAAGAAAUGGACUCGCUGACUGUUGAAAUUGACAAAUAGGAAAUAUUACACCAUAAUUGUUUGGUAUUAUACUCAUGCCCUUCUCCUCCAGCCUUACCUCAUUUUUGUUUGGCAUUGAAAUAUUUUCACUACCAUCAAACAUUAUCUCCCUCCCCUCCUUUUUUUUGUGUGUGUGUGUUGGUUGUACAGUAUUUGUCUUCAGGUAAAGAAAACAAAAUUAUAGAGGUCCUUUUUAGAAUAUUUGAGGGGUCACUGAGGAUUUUCUUCAUAACUCAAUUUGAUUUUUACUCAGAAUUUUGUAUUUAUAUCUACUGCAAGUGCAUUCAGCUGCAGUAGUAGAAAACCCUACUACAGUAGCUUAAUCUGUUAACUUGUAUGUAUUUUAUGCAAUAAGUCCAGAGGUGUACAGUCCAGCCCUGAUAUGGUGGCUCAGAGGACCCUGACUCCUUUUAACUCUGUGUGGUCUGCCGGGUAGACCUUUGUGUUCAUUACUGUUGUCUUUUGGUUAAAGGGACUAUAAUACCUCUGGUCCUUUCUUCCACAUUCAUGGAAGGAAAAAGAGAAAGAGGCCAAGGGGCUUUCUCUUAACAAAUCAUUACUUUUUAUUUGGAGAAGAUAGCCCUCCUUGACCAGAGCCAUGUCUUAUGUCCGUCCCUAAUUGUAGGUAUUUGAAAUCAAGAACUUUUUUUCUUUCUGGCCUCUAUCGGAGAGAUAGGCAAGAGAGAAAGGAGAUAUAAAUGGCUUUUGAGUGUACCCAGUUCAUGGUGUUUGCCACAAUAUGCAGGCCUUUCUAUCCAUUUUAAUUGUUUUGAUUCCAUGCUAGGUUGUUAGUAACAAUCAAAAGCAAUGACUAGUUUAGCUUUGUUGCAGUUCAGGUUUUUUCCAGUGUUUUAUGUGUGAAGAUGAAAACGCUAACAUUCUGAUGAAAGCACACUAGCAAAAUUCUCUGGUUUAAUUUCAGAAAAUGAUUUUCUUGAGUGACUUCAGAUUUUUAAAGUUAUGAUUGAGGAAGUUUCAUAACUUCUGGUUGUUUACAGACUGUUACAUGUGAUUUUCCUGUCACACUGGAUCAUUCAAUAUAGUGCUUCCUAAUGAAACGUAUUCUGAGAAUCAACCAGGUACACUUAUAGGAAGUACUCAGUUUGUAUUAUUUCAGUUACUGAAAGUGAACUUUUAGUAGAUUUUCAGAAAAUAGCAGUUAUGAAUGAAAAAGCCAACUUUUUAAGCUUCUCUUCUGGUUUAGCCUCUUCUCAGUCUAUUGCAGAAUCUUUUAAAUUUUUAAUCUUUAAAGCAUUAGUCUUGCCUCACACUUUGUAUUCUUUCCUUGAAUGACUUUUGCUGAUAAAACACAGGGUUUUCCUGUGCUGUUUGUAAGAGAUAUAUAAUUUCCAGUUUGGGGGUAAUUUUAGUGUUGAGAGUACCCUGUCAAAAAGAAUUGAACUAUGAAGUUAAAAUCUUACAAUUAAACUCUAGUUGGUAGGUUUGCUUUGUGUAUAUUUGUAUGUCUUUGGUGGUGACCUAUCCGCUAAGUGGAAUGUGACUUUAACGUGAGCUUUCAAAGGCACCUAUGUAAUCACUCCUACCUGCUAGGCAGUGCUAAAAAUUCUACUUCUGUUAUCUCUUAAAGUUUAAGGUUAAAGAUGCAAAUAAGCCUAUUAGAGUAAUACUCCAAGUUAUGUUUAACGGUAGUGUAUAAAUUCACAUUCUCUGUUCCUGAGGGCACAUUUUAAAAGGGGGAGCACAGGAACCUUGGGUGUCUGAGCAGAAGAGUGCCAUUCAGAGUGGCCAGAUUACAGAGGGAGAAAGGAUACAUCAGGGGGAGGCACGGGAUGUUCAGGUUGUUUUCUACUUCCAUUUCUGCCUUGAACCUGACUUAUUGAUGCUUCUUGCUGUUGUAACGUUAUGAAGUGUUGCAUAUUUUCAUAGUACUUGGAUAUGUUUGAAAACUUUGUAAAUCUGUGAAUUAUAAUAAAUAGUUUUUUUUUAAGUGA